AACAUUUGUUCAGGACGGGGAGCUGCGCCGUUAUGUCGCCUGGCUGCUUAUGUGUGUCGUAACACUUUGUUCUAGUCAUUAAAUCGGAUUUAGACCGUCGCUGGGAACCCACCGUUUUUAGCUGGGCAGGUAAAGGAUGUGUUUGGGGCUGCAUUCGCUGAUAGUUUUUCAAAGUUAAAAGCCAUUUUCCCUGAAGAGAAGAGAUUGUCUGAGGAGCUUCUCUCACUCGGUCUUGAUAAGAACGCUAUUCAUCGCAGCUGCAGGCCAUUUGCUGAUGGGUACAUACUGUGGAGAGGCACACAAGGAGCGCAGGGAAGCGUCGACACGAGACUGGAACUGUGAAAGAAUGAAGACAAGCUAGAUACCUUUCCUCGCCAUUAAACCUUUGAUCAUUAAAAAAACAGUUACUGAAGCUCAUCUUUGAGAAAGGGUCUUAAACAAAACACAAUAACUGAGCCCUUUCAAAAUGAGUGUAGAAGGAUAUCAGUACAGAGCGCUUUAUGAAUACAAGAAAGAGAGGGAGGAAGAUAUUGAUCUACAUGUGGGGGACAUCCUGUUGGUAAGCAAGGGAGCUCUGGUAGCUCUCGGCUACAGCGACGGCCUGGAACAGCAGCCGCAGAAGAUUGGUUGGCUACCGGGUUUUAACGAGACCACGCAGGAAAAAGGGGACUUUCCAGGGACUUAUGUAGAGUAUGUCGGGAAGAAAUGGAUCUCACCUCCAACACCCAAGCCCAGGCCCCUCAGACCCUUACCUCUAGCUCCAGGAAACUUCAAAGGAGACGCAGAUUCUGAUUCAGAUCAAGGUGUCUGUUUAAUGGACUUGACGGAGCAGUUUUUCCUCCCAGAGACCGCUCCACCCUUGCUGACCCGACUGCUGGAAGCUAUCGAGAGGAAAGGUGUGGAUAACCCAACUCUGUAUCGAACAUUCACUGCUGGAGGUGGACAUGAAGUCAGGCAGUAUUAUGAUUGUGAUCCUCCCGCUGCAGAGCUGGACCAGUUGGAGCUCUCUGCCCUGUGCGACGGUCUGCGUAGGUACCUGCAGGAUCUCCCUCAGCCCAUUAUACCAGCUGCCGUCCAUGCUCAGAUGAUCCACACGGCCAAAGAGGUGGUGAACCCCGAGGAAUGCGCCCAGCUGCUACGCCGCAUCGCCAGCUCUCCGACCCUGCCGCCCCAAUACUGGCUCACUCUCCAGUGUCUGCUCAGGCACUUUGCUAGAGUGUGCCAGAACGGGUCCAAGAACCUCCUCACUGCCAGAUCGCUUGGCGAGAUCUUCAGCCCCGUGCUUUUUAGACAGCAACCCACCAGUUGUGAACCCAGUCUGGAUGCUUUCAUCAAGAUCAUCGAGGUUCUGGUGACCAGCGAGUGGAGUGAAAGUCAGGCUGCUCCAGCUCUACCUCCAAAACCACCCAAACCCACGUCUGUGACUAACAACGGUAUGAACAACAACAUGGCUCUCCAGGACGCCGAAUGGUACUGGGGGGACAUCUCUAGGGAGGAAGUCAAUGAGAAACUGAGGGACACUGCAGACGGUACGUUUUUGGUGCGGGACGCCUCAACUAAAAUGCACGGAGACUACACUCUGACUCUAAGGAAAGGAGGCAACAACAAGCUGAUUAAGAUAUUCCACCGGGACGGGAAGUACGGCUUCUCGGAUCCUCUGACUUUUAGCUCCGUCGUGGAGCUCAUCAACCACUAUCGGAACGAGUCCUUGGCUCAGUACAACCCCAAGCUAGACGUCAAGCUGCUUUAUCCCGUCUCCAAACACCAGCAGGAUCAGGUGGUGAAAGAGGACAACAUUGAAGCAGUGGGGAGGAAGCUGUGUGAAUACCACCAGCAGUACCAGGAGAAGAACAAAGAGUACGACCGUCUGUAUGAGGAAUACACCAGAACGUCACAGGAAAUCCAAAUGAAACGGACAGCGAUAGAAGCCUUCAACGAAACUAUAAAGAUAUUCGAGGAGCAAUGUCAGACGCAAGAGCGGUACAGCAAAGAGUAUAUCGAGAAGUUUAGGAGAGAAGGAAAUGACAAGGAGAUCCAGAGAAUUAUGGGUAACUACGAGAAGUUGAAAUCAAGGAUUAGCGAAAUCGUCGACAGCAAGCGCAGGCUGGAGGAAGACCUGAAGAAACAGGCGGCGGAUUACAGAGAGAUCGACAAGAGGAUGAACAGCAUCAAGCCUGACCUCAUCCAGCUCCGCAAGACCAGAGACCAGUACCUCAUGUGGUUGACUCAGAAAGGAGUCCGACAGAAAAAACUCAACGAGUGGCUGGGAAUCAAGAACGAGAACACAGAAGAUCAAUAUUCAAUGGUUGAUGACGAUGAGGAUCUCCCACAUCACGACGAGCGGACCUGGAGGCUGGGCAACAUCAAUCGGCUCCAGGCCGAGGCUCUGCUCCAAGGAAAGAGAGACGGAACAUUCCUGGUCCGGGACAGCAGCAAAGCAGGCUGCUACGCCUGCAGUGUUGUGGUGGAAGGCGAGGUGAAGCACUGCGUCAUUAACAAGACCCCCUCGGGCUUUGGCUUUGCAGAGCCGUAUAAUCUGUACGGCUCUUUGAAAGAACUCGUACUUCACUACCAGCACACGUCUUUGGUCCAGCACAAUGACUCACUGAAUGUCACGCUAGCGUACCCCGUUUACGCCCAGCAGAGACGGUGAGGACCCGGACGUUUUGGGUUUUUUUCUUUCUUUUGGCACGGACGGCAAAGAUUUACGAGCCUCGCUGGAGCGGGAGACACGCAGUGGACUCCAUGAUAACUUCUCGAUAAAUGAGAGAGAAAAAGGCUGCGGAUGUGCUCCAACGCCCGGCUCGGACUUGGAAACCGGAGGGG